AUGGAAGCUGCCAAUGAUGGCCAUGCCUCCAAGAAUUCAGGGCAAACAAUGGAGAAAAAAGGCUGUCCAGCUAAAGGAGAACAAGCAAAGUCACCUGAAAAGCAUCAGACAAAGAAAGAAGUAAAUGAACCAAGAUCUGAAGAUGAGCUGAAAAUGGAUGACUCUCCAGUGAUGGGCCUUCUGACAGUAAACAAAUCAACCAGCUCUGUACAGGAGGAAAUUGAAGGCAUUGAAAAGAAAGAAGUUCCCAGUGAGAGCACAAUAAAAAAGGCCAUUCAGAAAAGAGGAGCUUAUUUUAAAGCUAAUUCCGAGUAUGUUACUGUAUCUUCUGAAUUGCUGAUUGAUCUACCUCUAAUUUUUAUCCUCCUUUUUGUUGGCGACAUCCUUGUUGCUACUGUGUGUAUUUACAUGAAAUUGUAUGGGUACUGUCCAUCUCUCCUGUGGUUCAGGGAAAUUACUAUGGCCAGAGUUCGCCGCCUUCUGGAGGAAGAUCUUGAACUUAAUAAAAAUACUCUUGAUCCUUUUAAGAAGCUAAUAACUGAGCAAGUAGAAAAGGAGAGGUAUCGACAUUUUCUUGAUGGAGUGGAUGUGACAGCUCAUAAGCUGAAGAAAGAUUUUGACUUUUCUGGUUUAGGUGAUCAACUUGAAGUGGGUGAUCCCUCUCCAGAACUAUUUACUGGAUUCUGGACAUAA